CGCCGUGGAGAAAACGUGCGUACUUUCCGUGCACUGUGACAGUGUCACUGACAAACCAGCCAACCAACCGGUCGAGGAGGGAUGUGAAAGCGUUGGGCUUGUUUUCACCAACACUGCAUCCAAAGAACAGCAGAUAGGAACAUACAUAAAGGGAAGUGGACACAUGCAUGAGAGUGUGCGUGCAAACAGGCUGCUUGGGGCCAGAGGAGGUUUUCGAGGAAUUAAAAGUGGACUGCUGCUCGUGGAACUACUGGCAUACGGGGGCUGGGCUGUGACUUCUGACUGCUCGCAUUGUUGUAUGUUUCCUGUAGUGGAAUAAUUUUCCCCACCAUCAAAGGAAUACUUGAUAAACUAAUCUUUUCGCUCUCCAUGGUACUUGAAGGCAGAGAGAUGGACUGGAUCGGGAACACCAUGCAGAAGAAGGCUGCAGAGCUGGAGCGGCUGGCUGAGGUGCUUGUCACUGGAGAACAGCUGAGGCUGCGGCUCCAUGAGGGGAAGGUAAUCAAGGAUCGGCGGCACCACCUCCGAACUUACCCCAACUGCUUUGUGGCCAAAGAGCUCAUUGACUGGUUGAUUGAACACAAGGAGGCUUCAGACCGAGACACGGCCAUCAAGAUCAUGCAGAAACUUUUAGACCAGAGCAUUAUUCACCAUGUGUGUGACGAGCACAGAGAGUUCAAAGACUUGAAGUUGUUCUAUCGCUUCCGUAAGGAUGACGGCACAUUCCCGCUGGACAGUGAAGCCAAAGUCUUCAUGAGAGGGCAGAGGAUCUAUGAGAAGAUGAUGAACACGGACAACAACCUGUUACAGACCAGGGAGGAGGAGGAUGGGACAUUUGAGCGGACGCUGGUGGCCUCUGAGUUCAUUGACUGGCUGCUACAGGAGGGGGAGAUGGCAACCAGGGAGGAGGCAGAGCGGCUGGGUCGGAGGCUUCUGGAACAUGGCAUCAUUCAGCACGUCACCAACAAGCAUCACUUUGUCGAUGGGCCCCUCCUGUAUCAGUUCAGGAUGAAUUUCCGGCGACGGAGGCGAUUGAUCGAACUUCUUCAUGAGCGCAGCUGCUGCAUUCCCGAGAGCCACGACAGCCCCUUCUGUCUCCGCAAACAGAACUCGGAUGGAGGCAACACCAGCUUCUUGUCAGUCAGUCCUACUAAAGAGAUAAAGGUGACGGUCGGAGUUCGUCGCAGCAGCAUGAGCAGCAGCUGUGGCAGCAGCGGUUAUUACAGCACCAGUCCAACGCUCAGCAGCAGUCCACCUGUCCUCUGCAACCCCAAAUCCGUUCUGAAGAGACAAGUGAAUCCAGAGGAGCUGCAGACACCAGGAGCACCGUUUAUAAAGAAGACAUUCACUAUUGUAGGCGACGCUGUGGGCUGGGGCUUUGUGGUGCGAGGCAGCAAACCUUGUCACAUCCAGGCUGUGGACCCCGGAGGACCCGCAGCUGCUGCUGGCAUGAAGGUGUGUCAGUUUGUAGUGUCUGUGAACGGGCUGAACGUCCUUUCUCACGACUACCGGACCGUCAGCAACCUGAUCCUAACUGGACCCAGGACAAUCGUCAUGGAAGUGAUGGAAGAGGCACCUUCAGUGACCUCUGCUCCAGUUGGUUUCCAACCCUGGGCUGGAGCUCGACACUGCCCUCUGCUGGGAAGGACAGGAAGACACAGACCGGGAACAUUUUGACUGUAAUUGCAUUCAAGGUGUUGGAUUUUUACGAACUACAGUGUUAAAUAGAAACCACUGUGGUAUGAAAUCCACUGGCCAACUACACUGAUGCCCCAGUGUGUGCUAGGAUUGUGUUGAUGUACAUAAUAAAAGUGCAGUGCUAAACUGCAUGUGACAUUAACAAAGUUACAAAAGACUUCAUGACCAAACAAACUGAAGAGUUUUUUUAAUGUGCAAAUUGAUCUCGAUCAGCAUCCUUUAGUUUUUUAAGAUGGUGUCUGAUAAGCAGACAGAACGUCUACAGUAACUCUAGAUGUCAUUAUUUGUAAGUGUUUAAGAAAAGUGUUGAGAUUUCUCAGCUCUGUAAAAUUUUUAAAACGAAAGGCUGCAUUUAUUGCCUAAAAAACAACAACAAUGCUAUGUGUUAAUUACUACUGGCAAUACCAAAUUUAGUCAUAAUAGAGAUGUUUUAAUAUAGCUAUUGUAACUAUAUGUUCUUUGAUAUUAAAGGGUAGAAUUCGUGUGUGAUCA